AUAAAUGGUCCCACCGCACUUCGGACUGAGAUGGGCACCAAAGAAACGCGUGUGGGGUAAGGGAUCGCCGGCCCGAGCCAACGUCCCUCAUUCAUGCAUGAGCUUCUUUCUUUAUCAAGGCCAGCGAAUGGCCCAGCACCAAGCGAUGUCUGUGACUCCCUCCAUGCUGGAUUUGCUGGCCAAUCUGACUGAGGAUCAGUCCACCGGGCAGAUUCCUUGCGUGGGUCUCUAUACUUGUUCUACCUCUGUGGCAUCCUUGGGCCAAAGACCUUUGUCCGUUGCGAAAGGACUGCUGGCUUUGGAAGGAAGAGAAGCCGAGAUGGAGGAAGAGGAUGAAGAAGAGGGACGGGUGAUGAGGCGAGCUGCUUUCCUAAACAGGCCGAAAAGAAAACGGAUCAUCACCUCCACGCAGCGCCAGGCAGCCAACGUCCGGGAGAGGAAGAGGAUGUUCAAUCUCAACGAAGCAUUUGAGCAGCUGAGGAGGAAGGUCCCUACAUUUGCCUACGAGAAGCGCCUCUCCAGGAUCGAGACCUUGCGCCUGGCGAUCGUCUACAUCUCCUUUAUGACGGAGCUUCUGGAAGGCCACCAAGCUAGCUAG